GCUCUCUCUAGCUCAAAGCAUCGGCCGUUCUACAGCCGUCUUAAAAGGAAUCUUGUAACAUGGAGCACCAAACCCCCUCAGUAGAUUUUAACCUUUCCUGGACCACAAAUUAAUUUUGAGUUUCUCUUUGUGUCCAGGUGGGAGAUGGAUUGAUUAUUAUUUUUUAAUAGACUGGGACCUGUAUUUGCCUGCUUCUGGAAACGUUUUUUAACUUUUGUAUUUUUAUAUCUAAAAAGUACCUAGAAGAAAGAGAUGACAUUGUUUAAGUGAAUUCUACUCUUCUUUUUUAACUGUGCUGUUUACACCUCCUGUAUACUCUUUAAGUUUACGUGGAGAGUAAGAUUCAGGGUAUGCAUUUUUAAAAACAUUAGCAGUUCACAGAGAAAUGAAUUUUGAAACGUUCUUCUCCAGCUGUGUGACUUCAACUGUGUAGCAAAGUGUGGACAUUAACCACAAGGAUGUACAAGCCGUGGACAACUGUAAACAUAUUUAUAGUGUCUUUUCUACAUCUGCUGCAAGGUUCUGAACAUGGAUCUGUAAAGAGGACGUCACUUUCUGCCCUGGCGUGGUCAGAGCAGCAGAUCAGGAAAGCUGCUAGCCUGGAAGAACUUCUUCGCAUCACCCACUCUGAGGACUGGAAGCUCUGGAAGUGCCGGCUAAAGCUCAAGGGCAUGGCCACUAUGGAUUCCAGAUCAGCCUCGCAUCGCUCCACGAGAUUUGCCGCUGCUUUCUAUGAUAUUGAGAUACUGAAAGUCAUAGAUGAGGAGUGGCAAAGGACUCAGUGCGUGCCAAGGGAGACCUGCGUGGAAGUUGCCAAAGAGCUGGGCACGGCCACCAAUAAGUUCUUCAAGCCUCCUUGUGUGAAUGUCUAUAGAUGCGGAGGCUGCUGCAAUGAAGAGAGCCUAAGCUGCGUGAACACCAGCACAUCUUACAUAUCCAAAACGCUCUUUGAGAUUUCAGUUCCUUUAACAAAUGUGCCAGAUCCGAUUCAAGUCAAAAUUGCAAACCACACCGGUUGCAAGUGCUUAACAAAUGCUCAGCGCCCAUCGUACGCCAUCAUACGACGAUCUGUUCAAUAUCCAGAAGAGGAUAGUUGUCCCCAAAUAAACAAACUGUGUCAUAGUGGCUGGAUGUGGGACAGUGAUAAAUGUGAAUGUGUUGUAGACAAAGAUCGUCCUGGCAGAAGGGAAGGGCUCCCUCCACUUGCUGAACUUGCGAUGUGUGCACCAAAUAUGAACUUUGAUGAGGAAAAUUGCGAGUGCAUCUGUAAAUGGAAGUGCACUGGCAAUUUAUUUCAGAACAAAGAGAACUGCAGCUGUUACUUGUGUACGGAGAACCAAGACAGCUGCCUUCAGAAACACAAGGAGUUUAAUGCAGAAACAUGCAGCUGUGAAGACAAAUGUCCAUUCCAAGCCAGAAUGUGCCCAACUGCUCGGCCGGCAUGCUCGAGGCACUGUUGCCGCCCGAGAGGGGGAUGAAGUCCUCACGGGUCCCAAAGCAGAGAAACACCAUGACGGAGCUUUUGUUAUCUCCUGUACUACCACUGCCACACAGCUUUGCAAAGUAGCUGCCCGCCAUCGACUGUUAAAACAAUAAUAAUCAUGGAUACGGGUGGCUUUACUGCUAAAAAAUAUAAUUAAAAUCCAGUCUGUCUUCGUUAUUAAGACAACGAAUGGAUCUACAAGGACAUUGCCACCUGACCGCUGAUAUAUGCUACAACAGACUUUAUCCUUGUUCUGUAAUGGACUACCAGAAAGACCUACGGUACGUUCAUUGAUGUUGUAUGAAAAAAGAAAGUGGCAUGUAGAAGCAAUGGGGAUAUCUUUACCGAGCAACUUUGAAAUGCAGAGAAUAGUUCUAUGCUUUCAACCUUCUUAUUGUUCAUAUUUGUUUUUAGACCAACUUUUUCAGACCUUCUAAAAUUUGGUUCCCUAAUGCGUUCAGCGCUGAAUGAUUCGAUAUACUGUCUGUCUGUGUUUUAUUAUUUGGGUUUAUCCUAGAACUACUGUCUGAUGUGCCAUAUUUAAAAUGUAUAUAGAAAAAUAAAGGCACCAGUUAUUAAUUAAAA